GGUCACAUGACCUAAUUAUAAUUAUCAAGAUGGCUGCCACUUCGACUUUUAUUCACAUUCUCAUUGCAAUUUCUUUUUGUCACUGCCAAGCUAGUUCGUAUCCCGUUCCACUCUUAAUAUGGUCAACUAAAAGGUAAUUUUAGUUAAGUUCUUUUUCCAAUUUUGUACUUAUACUGUGAGCAAAGUAACAUAUUUUAAAUUGAUAAGAUAUAUUGUAUAUGUACAUCCACCCAUGACCCAUGUUGACGUGUUGUGGGUGAGUGGGUCCAUCACGAUAGAAACCUCGUGCAGGAAUACGGUUAGAAAUCGGGAAAUCAACUUUAGAAAUCAGACGAUUUCAAAAUCAGUAAUCACAAAAGUUCUUGCAAAAAUAGUACAGGGGCAGGUUUCAGCUGGUUUCAUUUUAGUUUGUGUAUUUAUUUUUUUAAAUUUUUUCCCCUAUAUGCAACAAGCGGUCCUAUUAAUUACUGCCCUAGAACUGCCCGGGUAAACAUAACGUUAUUUAUUAUAUGGUAAGGCAGUGUGAUCUUGUUUUAAAUCGCUGAGUACAUGUAUAAAUUUUUUUUUCAAAACAUUUAGCAUGCUACAGUAUAUUGCUUACACUGCGCUGUGAGCCAAAAACGAAGCCUCGGCAGAAUGCAACGUAGCAUGCUAAAUGUUUGGAAAAAACUUUUUAUACAUGUACUCAGCAAAUUUUGUGUCCCGGCACCCGGGCAUUUACACUAUCAUAACCAAUCAAAUCUAAUGUCCGGGUGUGUUCCGGGGGGAGUGGUUACUCCUGGAAUUGACUCAUGCAUAAUAUUUACAAAUGAUAGGGCUAGAGACCUAUUAGAAACCUUAACAGGCUUUUGAUUUAUAAAAACUGUCAAACUGUAAUUUAAGCUUAAUAAAAUAACAUUGCAAUUUUUAAGGUGUUAUUUGUAAACCGCUGUUUUGUUGAAAAUUGCAUCUUUAUGAGUCAUCACAAAACUAUUGUUUUCAAGCAUUUAAUGCUGCUGCUUGGUGAUCUUCUGUGGUCACAGUUUCUCUGUUUUCGCUUUUAAUUUCAAUUGUCCAUGUACUUGUAUCAUAAAUUCACAAUUGCCGCCAUACACACAUUGUCAAAACUUCACCGGUGAAAACAAUAAUUGCCGAAUAAUCGGAGAUUAAGUCGUUUAGUUACAACUUUCGAUAUUUUCGAUAUGCAAAAUAUUGAAUAUUUAUCGAAAAUAUCAAUAUAUCGCAACUGCCUACUCAUUCGUAUAAACAUAAAAAAGGUUUUAUUUAAUAGAAACUCCCAGCUCUCUGAUUCUCCCAAAACUACAUAUUUUUCCCUACUGUUACCAUGACACCAAUUACUCCAAGGGGUGUUGGGAUGGUCACUGUUUGGCUCAUCAGUUUGCAUUAGCAUACCAGCUUGCAUUAACAAUCUAAGUUUCUGUUGAGAGUAAUGAACUGUCAUUUAGCAAAUUCAGACUCUGAACAGCUACAGUAUCUAUGGUCAACAAUGAAGGAAGAUUGUCUUGAUGCAGGGUUUAUUUUAAGAAAAAUUUAGAACUGCACAUAUAGGGAUUAGGGGUGCAUCGGAUUUGGAACCGGAACCGGAUUUACCGGAUUUAGACAAAAAUUCAGGAUUUGCCGGAUUUGAGAUAAACCGGUAAUGGGACAAUUGGGGAUAAAUCAGUAUUCAAAAUGGCAGUUUAUGUUUUUUACUAUUUUUAGUUAGUGUCAGUUUAGAUUUUUGAUUGUGUUUAAACCUUUUUUAAAUAUAUUUUUGUUAAUAACUUAAUAUUUUAAAAUAGUAUAAGUUUUUUUUAAACUUUAAAGCUGCCAAAUUGAUGGUUUAUCCUAUUCUUGGUGAAUUUUUUAAGGUGAAAACAGAAGUUUAAAUCCAGCCGGAUGCCGGAAAAUUUGUUAAAUCCGGCCGGAAUUCUGGCCAGAUUUCAAAUCCGUUGCACGCCUAAUAGGGAUGUUAAGAAGGAUCACAUGUUUGGCUGGGGGGGGAGAUCAAAGGAUUUUUUACCUGGAUAAUAUAUGUAACAUUGAAAGUUGUAAAUUAUGAAAGUUGUAAAUUAAUUUGAAUAUAGGUGGCUGGAUAAAGGUGUGGUUGGGUGGGAGAAAGGCCAGACAAACUCAAUUUUGGGUGGGAAGCUCUUAAGUUCUGGCAAAGAUUUGUUCUAUCCAACCACCCACAAAAACUGUUUCAAAACAUAUGUAACUGGGAAUCAUGAAUACUCAUAGCCUGCGUGCAGGCCCAAGGGAACUUGAUAGUGGGCCUGCAACCAUCGCCCGGUAUUUUGAAAUACGCCCCUUUUCAUAACACGCCCCAUUCGCGCGUCAAUUGUCAAAAAAGAACCAAUAACAGCACCCAAAUAUUAACAAACAAACUCGCAUUAAAAUGUUGCGGGGUUUUCUCUGCUUAUUCAGAACACUAAUAAACAAUGUGUAAAUGGCUGCGUUUUAACUCCAAAAAAGCAAGCAACGCAGUCAGUAAUUGCCAAAUUUGCAAGUGCUCAUUUUCAACUAAAAUCGGAACAGGCAAAUUAGGACGAAUUUCAACAGAAAACCAGUCUCAAACUUCAAAUCAUGAAGGAAGUCGGGCGACCACAUUAGGAUUUAUAUUAUGUGUGCUUCGCUGUCGCCAUUGGCAUUGUUAUAAAUAAAUUGUCUCACUUAUCAGAUCGUGUGUGCAAUUCUUGUUGGCGGCGGAAAGUACGAAAUUUAUUUCAUUUGGUAAAGAACUCUACAAAAGAAGAGAGCCUUCCGAGUCCAGAUCGUUUCGUUUCAAACGGCAAUUUAAUACCGCCUUCUGUUUCGCUCUCUCUGCGAAGCCUUGUAAAUCGCAAAGUGUUUCGAAUAGGCUUACAGUUAUUACAUGCAACUGCAUCUCAACAUCAACCAAAAGAUAAUUUUCUUGAGGAAGUGAGAACACAUAACGUAUCAACUGAAGUCUGUUUGAAAUUAAUGAAACUCAAGUAAAGGUUACUAUAGUUUACCCCAGUCGUAAUGUUGCUAUUCCAACACCUCACGACAAGCAAUCCCCAUUGGCAUAACGGCAAAAACAUAUCUUCCUUCAAGUAAACAAUAAACAGUCUGUUCUUUUUCCAUUUGUAAUCGAAAAAAGUGAUCAAUUUUCAAAUUUUAAGCUUAUCGAGAGCCUUUGUCUAUGCCUUUGUGAUGGAAUCACUGUUCCCUUGUGCCUGCACAAUGGGCUAGGUUAAUUAAUUACCGAUCGCCUCAGCUAGCCAAUGGGAAUUUAGCCGGCGGUUCGGCCGGCGAAAAUCGAAAACAUGGGGUGAUGGUUGCAGGCCCACUAUCAAGUUCCCUUGGGGGGACUCAAUAAAUAAUAACCUUAAUUUUGCAUUUCAGGCAGCAAAGAAUAUUAGGUUCCCCCAGUCUAAUCACUUUUGGGGAGCUUUGCUUGCCCCAAUUUUACCUUCUGUUCCAUUACUCCAGCACAUAAGUGAUUUGUGAGGAAAAUAGGAGGGUCUGGGUGUCCUCUCCCAGAAAACGUUUAUAUUUUUUAUGCUCAAUGACAGCAUUUCUGGCAUUUUCUGGAGCAUCCACAAAGAAAUGAGUAAAUAAGAAGACCAUUUUAAGGUUAUAUUUUUGUUAAUUUGGUGACUGCACAUUUGUGUUUUAAGAACUGCACAAAUGGGUUUAGAAUUGCACAUUUUGUGUAGAACUGCAUGUUAAAAUAAACCCUGUCUUGACAUUUCCAGAUAUAUUGGAUGAACUUGACUUAGGUAAGAUAUAUAGCAUGCUCAUGGUUUCUAUAUAUAUUAGAGGUGUGCAUCGGAUCGGAUUGGACAUUUAUAAUCCGACAAUUGCCUAAUGUUUAAAAUCCGAUCCGCAAUUGUCUAAUCCGAAUCCGAUUACAAAUAAUUGUCACACCUUUGUUACACAAUUAGUCACCUAACAAUCAAAGGUUUUAGGAAAUUAUCGGGUUGGCAGUUGCCUCCCCUAGUGCCCACCUCUGGUGAUUAAUCUGGUUUUAACAUUUAUUAGUGGAAAAUAUAUGUUUGUUCCCAGUUUGAUAUAUUUCCAGUGAACACUUGUGGAUGGUUAUAAAUUAGUUGUGCUUGUUCUUCUUUGCUUGAUUUAAACUUAUGUCUACUCUGUCGUGUUUGAUUCACGAAGAAAUUUGACAUGUAUUGGGUGACUUCAACGGACAUUGGAUAAUGGGGGAUGUUAAGGGCUGUCGACCAUUCAAACGAGUUUUUCUCUGGGUGCCAUUGCGUUGCAUAAAAUGGGUAUUUAUUUCCUUCCAUGGUUGAAACAAAUUGUUUGCCUUUUCUAUCCUUGUUGAUGGAUAAAACUUGGAAGAAGUUAUUUAAUUUUUUGUUGGCUUUAAAUGUUUCCGUAGACACACAAUUGUAAUGUAAAUUAAGUGUGGUGGGUGCUGUACUUAGGUAUUUUGCCAGUUCAGGUGCAAUAUUGGCAAACAGUCUGCUAUUUUGAUAUUCUGGGGUAAAAUUAAGUGGUAGUGGUAAAUUCUCUGAGUCGCUGUGUGAUAAUACUGACGAUGAGCCGCUCACCAUUGUAGCCAAAAGUUCAAAGCCUAGACAUAUACCCCAAAGUGGAAAGUAAUCAUUGUUAUUGAAAGCUGUCAUCGCCUGGUUAUAGAUUAUGUUUCCAAUUCUUGCGUAAUCAGAAUCUGUAACACUCACAUCUCCGCCUGGAAAGAGAACUCCAUUUAUUGAUUUAAAUAGAUUCACAACUUCAUCCUCACUAAGACUUGUUUUGAUCGGCACGACACGAGCUCCUGAUGAUUCCAAAUACUUCACGUACGCUGCGUCAAUAUAAGACUUUCCUAAGUUCUCUACUGGUGUUCCUUUUGUCGAUUGCGCCACAAUACCUAUGAUUGGUCGGUUAUUUAAUGCUUGUACUGUGCUGUGUAAUGUACUCGUAAGGCUAAAUGAUAUAAAUAUCACGAAAACUGAAUGUGCGAUCAUCUUGAAUAUUCGUUUCCUAUACUGAGAAACAGUCAAGGAUUUGACUCCACUGACCUUUUUAAUCACGAGACUUUUCUCACGAGACUUUUCCGGAAGUGUGUACUUAUGAGCGUUUACUUUUCAUAGAUUUUAAAAGUAGACUGGGUAUAGUAGGGAACUGUUGUAACUGAAAUCCGUUAUUGCUAAGAGACCAAAUGCGUGGAUGCGGUGUAUUUAUUUUUAAAGGGUUCAAGCUUUUUAGUAAUACCCAGGGCCGUAGCGAGGGGGUAUUGGGGGGGGGGCUAACCCCCCAACUUUUUUAGAAUUAAAAUAUUCGGAAAAUCAGGAUGGCCAUUCGGAAAAUAACGGCAAUAAUAGUAUAACAACAUUUUAGACUUUUAGUUGUUAAACAGAGAAAAUGCCGAUAAUAUAAUUGUAUAUAUUGUCAGGUAUAAUAUAAUUGUAUAUAUUGUCAGUAUAAACUGAUUAACGAAAUCAUGGCAUUUACAUGGAAAACAUAAACAUCGCUAAAUGGUUUUCGGUUUAUUACUUCUCAGGGCCGUAGCAACCGGGGGCAGCCUGCAGCCCUCCCAAUAAUUUGCUAAUAAUCAUUCUUUUUUCAAAAUCAUGCACACCUUUAUCAUUUAAAUAAUAUACUUUUAAAAUACUGACAAUUGAUUAAUUUUAAGCGGUUCAUUAUCUAUGACAAACUGCAAAGAAUCAUAUUACCCAUACUGCGUUUUCUCCAAUAUAUAGUUAAUCUGAUUAAAUAUGCCUUCGCCCAUUUAGUACUACUAAAUUGUAAGCAAAUUGUAAAUUUCGACAUAGUAAAACGCAGUUUUCUGACUAUCAGAAUUCUGUCAAAACUUCCCCAAAGUCCAGGAAAUGGUAUUUCCGAGACUGUAAAUUUAAAAAUUUCCUCGGGCCUUUGGCCCUCGUUUUCAGCCCCCAAUCAAAAAGAACUUCUUACGGCACUGCAUGCUUCUGUAAUGUGUUUGUGCGUAAAAUAUGCGUAUUUUUGUUUGUAAAUUGCGCCUUCAUUUUCCGGAUAGCAAACACCUUCGUGGCUUCGUAUGCCAUGAAAUAUUCGUAAAUUUUUUUCGUCAUUCGGAAAUUUUUGGCCUACACCCCCGCCCCCCCUCCCCCAACUAUACAUGCUAGCUACGGUCCUGGUAAUACCUUUGUCUGUGAAGUUUGAUUCAUUUUCCAUAACUUGCAUAAAUGUGUUAAAAUUCUCACUAUAUAUACUGUCGUUCGCACUCUCGCUCGUUUCAUUGCAAUGCAAAAAGGGCAUGUUGUUAAAAAAUAAUGACGUGUAUAUUGUAAUGGAAUGGCAACGAGAGUCCGGACGGGAAGUUAAAAUUUCAUUUGGAGUGGCCUUACUCUUAAUUAAAGCUGAUUUGUUGAUUAUAAGCUUGUCACUCACUUGUUUACAAGCUUUUUGGCGCAAUUACAUUAUAUAUGCAUUCAUGCACAGUUACAAAAAUAUGAUGUUUAAUUUAUCGGUUCGUAAACGCCCAUGCGCACCAGUUUAUGGUCGAGCCACUGGUUCCAGCACGCAUUUUUAUUUAAUGAUUGUAUCAUUUGGUCCUUCACAACGUCAGGAAAUAUCACUAGCUGGUAUUGUUGGAAAGUUACAAGCCCCAUCAGACAUAUAUACAUGAUGCGAUUUGAAUCGUUGUUCAUGUGAAUGUCUGACUACGAAGAAAAUAGUACAUUUUCCAACAUACUGUAAGAGUUAGAACGUUCAGUUGUUUGCAUUGCAUUUUACACAAUAAAAAACUUCCAUUAGUUCCAUAUAUGACAAAAAUUUCAGCAGAUAAUGUAAUUUACAAAUGGGUGCCACAAUUUUUUCUUUUGCCUUUUAACAAUACCCAACAAGGCAAAGACCCCAUAUGACAAAGUGGACAUUGUAUGACAACCACCCUAGGGUAAAAAAUGAACGGUCCCUUAACCAUUUUUAAACAGAAGGAAAGUUGUUUCGUAAUGUGAAGAGCUUUAAAAUUUCGUAAAAUUGAGUCCGCUCUUGAUCCCAUUAUAUCCCUUGAUAUCAAGACGUAUAGGCCCACGGCCAAACGAGAACAAGAGUCGCGUGAGAGUUGAUUAGAGUUACGCCCUGGAGUUAUAGUUGACUUCAUCAAAAUUUGAACAAGCUCAAAGUUGAUGAGAGUCGACGAGAGUUGCCAGUCAUACGUGAGCGAGAGUUGGAACUCUUAUCCUCGUUUGGCUAUAAUAUAAUUACUUUUUCCCGUUCCAACUCCAAUAGCAUUCUUUUAUAUUUUAUAGUGUGGAUGUUGAUGACGAAAUUCUGGCAGGUCAUACUCUUAAUUAUGAAGAUGUUCAAGUUAAAUAUCUGGAUAAACUGAAGGCCCAGUCAAACACUAUUUGUCUUUUUGUACAAGACAAGGUAAGACCUCGAGUUUGAGUAUAAUGUUUACGAAUCAGCAGAAAAUGACUUCUUAACCACCACCUUGCCUUGACUGGCUUACUGAUAUUGUUUUUUAUUAUGUUUGCACAAGUGAAUAUAACAAUUCCUACAAGUCGAUUGGUCAAAUUUGACGUAUUAAGGUCCAUACAGACCGGACGCGAUUUGGCAACGCGACAACAGCUGGGAAAUUUGUUGUCGCUGUGCAGAGAAAUUGCUGGCGCACGCGAUAUUUUACAAAAAUUCGAAAAUUUGAAAAAACAACACGAGUGAAAUUUCAACUGAUGAUUUUGCAUUUUUAAGACGGCGAUCAAGGAAAUUAAAUUGUUGGAAAAACUUCACUAACAUCUCAAGUAUGGAAAGCAUCUACAUUACUAGAAAUUUAAUUGUGGAUUGAUUCAAAAUUCAGGCGAUAAAGUUACAUAGCUAGGAGUUGGCUUUUGUGCUCUUCGAAUAUCAGUUUUCAUUCGCAGAUUACCAUAACUUGUUGGCCUCAUGGGUGCCAAAAUCGACAUAAACGUAAACUGCUAACCAAGAGCUAUAAAACAAAUAGCUUGUCAAAAAGAUAAACUUUAUUCAGUCAAAAGGAUGAGGGUAAAUAAACAUGCUACUGCGUGAUAGUGAUUUCGAAGCAACUUUGUCACAUAUAUUUUAAAAAUGGUGAUAAUGAAUCAAAUUUUGCUUUUUGCAAUCCCGAAAAGGUAUGAAAAUUAUUUAAAUAUUUAAGGUUUCCGUGUUUCUAAAGUAUUUUUUUGAGAAAAGUAACAAUUUUCCCGAUAAAAAAGCAUAGUUUCUGCAGAAAACUGUUUUCUGAUAGAGAAGGUCCUGGGGGAGGGGGUGUAGAAGCGUGCGCGGAUAGCAGAAAACCUUGACGUUUCCUCCAAAAAAUUAAUACCAAAUUUUGUUUUGCCUUUGUUUGAUAUGUAAUUUAAACAAGUUUUUUUACAUCUAAAAAUUGCCCCUAGUGGUCAAAACUUGGAUUAUGUUCGCAGUAUUGGCCAUUUGUUUACUUUUGGGGAUCAAAGUUUGAGGUCCAAUUAUUUUUAAAGUUUGCAAACUACCCAGCUAAUUCUUGGCUGUUGUUUGCAGCCUUGUAUGCUGAUUAAAAUUUAGUUUAGUCCACAAUAGUAGAUCCUUUCAAUGAAGGGAAAUUCAAAAUAGUAUAUUUGAUUCCUUUUACAGCACAGUCAUUACAUAGGUAGGGUGCAAUACCAGGCCAAAUUGCAAAAAAAUUUACCGAUUCCUCCAAAUUUAAAAUCAUAUUUUUUUGCUACCAAGGCACAUAGGAAACAUAAUUUAGCAAUGAAUUUUGUUGAAAAAUUGCCCCUUUGGGUCUAAUUUCUCUUUGAAAUGCGUGCGUUUACUGCUCUUGUAUGAAGCAAGAGUUCUAAAACAUUCCGAAGUACUGUAAAAUGUAAUGAAAUCGACAACUUGACCUUGCCCUUGAGACCUUGUACUGCCUCAGCAUUGAAAUGUUUUUUGACAACGAUAAUUUACCAGUGUUUCUUGAAUAUUUUCCUUGUUUGACUAGUAGAACCGAACGUACAAGUGCAUCAGAAGACUAAGCGAGAGUUUUGUGUAGAAAUGCUCUGUUUAUGGGAAGUUAUUUUGCAUUCACAAGCGUCAACAAAACUGCGGCAUUUUCACAGUUUGAUUAUCAUAGCGAUAGAUAAAAGCUUUGAAAAUUCAAUUGAAAACAUUUUAAACCACCCGUAUUUGUAUAGACUAUAUGUUAGUUGUAUUAACAUUGAACUUCUUUCUGUUUGAACCCAAAUUUGUACUUGUUUUGCGUUUGACAAGGCUGUCAAGCUCGUGACGAUUGGCUUUUAUACCUCAGGCAUGACUACAGAUUUAGCGUGUCAAAUGUCUUCUUGUUUGUGUCAAGAUUAUAAUAUUCUAUUGCUGUUCAAACGAGAUAUUCUAUACACUGGAAACGUAGAGUACAUUUUACUUUGUCUUUGUCUCAAGCAAAAAAGUAUAAAGAUUAAACAGGCAUUCAAAAAUAUACAACAACCACGAACAUCUCGUAAUAUUUCUUCGGGGAAAUCUUCAAGUUUCAAUGGAAAUCUGGCGCAUGCGCAACAAAUUUCCCAGCUGUUCAACGCGACGCGAAUUUUCAAUUUUCAAUGACAUCUAACUUCAAUAUUUUUCUAUGUUUUUCAAAUAUUCGGAACCACUUAAGUAAUUUCAGCUAUUUGGUCCGCAUAUCUUGCAAUUUUUUUAUCCGUUGACGGUUUUAUUUGUUUUUAAAAACUGAAAAUUCGCGUCGCGUUGUCGAGUCGCGUCCGGUCUGUGUGGGCCUUUAAUUAAGCUGUUGUAUUCAUCUACAGGUGAAUAUAACAAAACCGAAAUUUGCGAAAUGGUGAGUAACCGUUUUGUGGAAGUUACUGAUAAAAAAUAAGCGAAAUUAAAAUAAAUUCUUUCCCAAAAAACACAAAAGACUUGUGUAAAAUACUAAAACAAUUAUUAAAAUAUUAGUUUUAUGACGCCACACAAACAGAUCAUAUUAUGUGAUGUGAUGUCACUUGCAAGGGCGAUAUUUAUAUCGUUCAACAAUAGACCUUAUGCAUAAUGACGUCACAAGGCUUGAUGCCCGCGAGGAAUGCUGGUCUUAAUAAUCAUUGCCCGGGAAAAUGUCGAUAGUGGCCAUUUUGAAUUGUUUAAUUUUCCCGGGCGAUGACUAUUAAGACCAGCAUUCCUCGUGGGCGUCAAGCCUUGUGACGUCAUUAUGCAUAAGGUCUAUUGUGAAACAAUUUUCACAAUACAGUGUCGCCUUGACAACACGAACGUUGACCGGAAGCAAAUUCGACGUUAUCAACCAAUCAACAUUGUUAUAUAGUUAGUGUUAAAGUUCAAUUUUUCUGUUUGCCGAUUGGUCAAAACCGUAUCACGUGCCGGUCCACAAAACGUCAUGUUCACUGCGUGCUUUUCAAAUUAUGUUCACUCCAAUAACUGGUGAAUUAUUCAUAUUUUGACACUUAUAUACUAUUUAACAAAACACUUAUUUACUGAGACCUCGGGAAAGGACGUUUCCCUCGGUCUCAGUAAAUAAGUGAUAAUUCUUGACCCAGUCUUUUGACGUUACUCAUGCCUUCGUGUUGUCAAAAACAUCGCUUGCUUAAGCUCGCUACUAUAAUGCCGUACUUCACCCACAAACGUUUGUGCUGAAAGAUUCCCGAUUUCGGAAUCAUUUCCUCUCUGAACAUCUAAAUUUCCCAGUCAGGUCUUCAUUGUGAAAGGUAUAGUGCAUUGCCAGCACGCGUACGGAUGAAAACAAAUUCCUCUGUUUUUACAUGAUUUCGAACCUCGGCUUGCAACAUCUUGAACGGAGGUCUAAUUAUGCGUUCUUGUGUUGUCCUGAUGAUAUUGAUCGCUAAAAUAUAGUUUUAAUUAUGCGUUAUUCUAAAUAAAACACUAUAAUAGAACAUGAUACCGUGGUAUGUUGGGCCUUCGAGCUCUAGUUGUUUGUGAUAAUCUUUUGUGGAAAAUGAAAUCUGUAAAUUUCAAUUCUUUUAAUUUGUUGUGUAGUUAAGUAUCGAUGAUUUUGCUGCCAAUCCAGGCAUGGAUCUCAAGCAUUUGAAAGAUGUUCUGCAUUCCUCACCCACGUCAAUAGUGUUGCCUUCAGUUUCCUUGGAGCAAGAUUUCGAGGAGGGAAAAAAGAACAACAAAUUAGUUGAAUAUUUGGAAACAACUUCACAUGGAGUAGUUAUACCUCUUACGCCUGAAGGUUAGUUGGAUCUCUUAAUUUUAUUUCCUUGAUUUUUGUUAUAUGGUGGACAUGUUUAGGGCUUUUGGUAUAGAUGGAACUUUCAAGUGGAAGGUUCUACAAUUUUGAGACCUAACCAGGCCUAGAAAAUAUAUUUAUCUUCUUGGCAGCAAAAUUCAAAAAUUAAAAUUUCAAAAUGUAAAUUUCAGAGAAUGUGUGGACUAUGAUGCCGCACAUCUCGACUUGCAAAAUGGCAUUCUUGUAUAUAAGAUGACAAAAAUUUCCUACAAAGUGCAAGAAAAUUUCCUGCGAAGAUAUUUUGUUAAACAUUUCCUGGUAGCGGUGCUGCUGGCGCUGUCGGACAUUUUCCAGCACUGGGCCUAACUAGGAACAGCUGCGAAAAUUGCAACUAUAGGAAUCGAACCUGCAGCCCUGCUAUUCUGGUGCAGCACUCUAACCAACUGAACUACAGAAUCCAGUUGUCGAGCUCUAACUAGGGGCCUAUAGACCCUUUGCACUGAUGUCACAAAUCCUUAGAGUGUCCUCCAGGUGCUAUCUAACAAUAUCUGUUCGGGUUCAACAACCCACAUACAGCGUAAAAAUUAACCAUUUUAAUACAAAAUUAUUAUAAAGUUUUACAAAAUUUGCUUUGUUUGCAAAAGUUAUAUUAUGCGUAGAUUGCUAAUUUAUCCUCCAGAUGCAUCGUUACUGGCGCUGUGACGUCAAGUGCAAUGGGUCUAUACUUGCAUUUUUAGGUUUACGGUUUUCCAUCUACAAAAGCUUUUCAACUGUUAGUUCUAUCGAGCAAGAUGCCCAAUAGACCCAUUGCACAUGACGUCACAGCGCCGGUGACGAUGCAUCUGGAGGACAAAUUAGCAAUCUAUGCAUAAUAUAACUUUUGUAAACAAAGCAAAUUUUGUAAAACUUUAUAAUAAUUUUGUAUUAAAAUGGUUAGUUUUUGCGCUGUAUGUGGUUGUCGUACCAGAACAGAUAUUGUUAGGGAGCAUCUGGAGGACACUCUAAGGAUUUGUUACGUCAGUGCAAAGGGUCUAUAUCUCGAUAUUUACCCAGACAUGCUUAGGGCCUGUUAUACAAGUCCGGUUUGCAUGAAUCUCUCCUAAGUGAGAUAAUUAUAUCUGCAUGUGUUCAUGCUGUAUGACGAAAUUUAGAAAUUACGUAAACAUGAAGCCUUCGAAACAUUUUUUUCUGAUAGAAAAGCUUUUUUCUAUUUCAUUUCAGGUGUUACAGAUUUCCCAGACAGGAUCAAAUCACUACGAACAGAUGUGCCAACUGUUAUUAUAGUACAUCUUCCCAAAGCGAAAACGUAAGUUUCCAACAGAGUACAAACUGCAUGCCAAAAUGCAAAAAUCGUAUAAAAUAAAAACCCAUUAUUAAGAUUAGAGCUCAUUCAGUCUAGUGUCUUGGAAUCACGACCAUAGAUAAAAAAUAUUUUCUCUGCGAAGACUCAGUUGUCGCGUUCCUUGUCUGUUUGCUUAUUUUCAAGCUCUUCCACAUGCAUGCAUCAGGGGGGGGGGGGGGGGGGGUGCUCUGCCGCCCGCCCAUCAACUUGCCUCACCACUGCAAAGUCUUGCUUGACUACUGUAUUUGAAUUGUAAUUGUUGUUCACAGUUUACUUAUCAUCAUGUUAUUACUCAAAUUACUGUAUCUCAUUUUGCCUCUAAUAAUUUUUUGCUUUAUCAUGAAAAAUAUCCCCCCCCUGCACCCCCCUAGUAAAUCCAUCCCUGGCAUGCAUUGUAGAGAAUACGUGGUAGUAUUCUGUAUCAUUGGAGUAUCAGUGAGUUGCCACUAAAAUCCUCGCACCCUGUUAUACACAGUUAUUACUACGCAGUGGUUAUGCAUGCAUCCACCAUGAUAUUAUUAAAUAUAAUUAGAACUAAUAUAAAUUCUUCUUUUUCCAGUGGAGAGGAUUCGAUGCGAAAUCUUGAACCUAGUGGUAAACACCUUCUUUUCGUUUUUGUUUGCGUAAUCAUAUGACAAGGUUCAGACUACUAGGGCUUCCCAUCAAUUCACAUUCUCAACAGGGGAGACCAGAUUUGGGUGAGAUUUUUUGGGGAAAUGACCAAAGUGGACCUUUUUCUGAUUUCAUCCAAAUGUUCUGAUCAGACACCCAAAUGUUUUGUAUUCCCUAAAUUGUUGGACUGACAAUAGUCUGACCGUCUAAAUGUAAAAAAGCUUCGAGCACUGUACAAACGUAAGAAUGUAUAACAGCUUCAUUCAAACAAGCUGGAAAUUUCAUGUAGUGGAAAUUCACAAAGGUUAACCCUGGGCGUACCGGGUAUCCUACAAACAUAGACGGUAAAGGCCCGUUUACACUUGCAAUUUUUGCUGCCAUUUCUAGUGCGAUUUUCGUGUUCUGAUGGAUGUGAACGAGUAGAUGAGGUAUGGAUGUUCUGUAUAUAUGUACCCUCAUCUGAACAUCCAUAAUUCAUCCACUCGUUCACAUCCAUCAGAAGAAGAAAAUCGCACCUUGAAUCGCAGCAAAAAUUGUAAGUGUAAACGGGGCUUAAGACGUCUGCGGAGAACUCGAUUCAUUUUAAUUGGCCAUCCAGAGUCUGAUGAGGAUUGUUAACAAAAACACCGAAAUCACGUAUAUUAUAUAGAUGGUAGGAUCAAAUAAACUUCACAGUUUGAACCUGUUUGAAUGUUUUAAAUUUGUAGAUGAAAUUAUUGGUAAGGUGUCAGAUCUACUAUCAAGCCAUUUUCCAGAUUAUGUUGCUUUGCUAACAGCAGACAUGCCACGUGACGUAAGUAUGCUAAUUUCUGAAUUUUUAGUGUAUUUGGUCACGAUUUCUUGCAUCAUCGUCGGAAUCAUCGACUAAUGGAUCCAGACUCUUUGAUGUUCUUAUUAAUCAGACUCUUCCGUAUAUGACUCAGACUCUUCCUUUUAGCAGGGGGAGUAACAUAUGUAUUUGCCGACAUGUAAUUAAUUAAUUGGUUAAUUUAGAAUUACCACACCCACAAACCACGUUCUUUUGUCGGCAAAUACAUAUGUUACUCCCCCUGCUAAAAGGGCCCUGUUUUUCACAUCUACAGUAGGUCACUCUAGGUAUGUGGUUGUGUUACAACAAGAAACAAUGAUUCUAACAAUAAUCUCGUUUGGUUAACAGGAUGUUCAAAGUGGAAUGGCAGCUGCACGUCAGCUAUCAGUAUCGCAUGCACGAGAACGUCGUUCUACUGCAGAUGAUAAGAAGAAAUUGCGAUGCAAUCAAACAGGCGUCUUGGUAGCUAAAGAUGGUCUCAUGAUGUACAUGACCAACAUGUAUCUUUAUGGAAGAGGAGGAAACACCUCUGACACAUUCAUAAACACCACGAAUGAAGUCUUGCCUACAAGUGUUAUCAAAUUAGAUAACUCAUCUGGAUUAAUGUAAGUUUGCAUCGUGUAUUUUUAACCGAAGUAAUACGUGCAAGCGAAACCUGUUUAACCUAAGCGGUGGAUAAACCUAAAUGAAAUAAAACUCCUUAAUAUAUAACUUAAUAUUUGUCAAAUACCUGGUUGUGUCGGCCAUAUUUGUACAUUUCAGAUUAAAAACUAUACCUAUAUUCUUUACACGUAUAUAUUUCGUGCACAGCAGUGCCAGGAAUAGGGUUAUGAUUAAGGAGAAAUAUUUUCGCGCGUGAAACGUGAGGACGUUGUCGUCGUUUUGUUGUUUUAUGAGUACUAUCUUAUUUCUACAUGAUCUUUGCCGUAUAUAUCCAACUUGACAGCAAAGCCAUACCAUGUAGAUCUAUAACUUGAUUGUUUGAAAGUACGUCACUUUGGCUAUACAGCCUCGUUUUCGUGAUUGAGAUGUCAGGCUUUAACUAAUGUCACAUACACGAAAACGAGGCUCUAUAGCCAAAGUGACGUACUUUCCGGAAGGGUGUAUUCAUGAGGAAUCAAGGUUUGUCUACACCACAGUGUGCGUGCUCCGUACGUGGUCGGUUCAAAUAAUUAGCUCAUGUGAGUUACGAGGAAAUAAUUGAAUAACUCGUAUUAACUAUGUGCUUUAGUAAGUCUAGAACAAUGAUAAUCAAGUGUACAGUUUCGUUAUAACAAAGGUAGUGAUUGACCAAUCGGCAUCGGACCAAUUUUUGCCUUAUUGGUAGACAAUCGGAAACGGUAGAAUUCUCCGAAAUUUCGUUCAAAGGAAAACCGGAAAUUUUUCGAUGGGGUCUGUAUUUCCGUUUGUCUAAAACCGAUUGUUAAAAGACUUUUGCGUUGCACGUUGAUAUACGUUGCGUUUUAACGCAACAUGUCAAAUUAACGCGUCAAGCGUGCCAUUUAUUAACGGUUUUAACGAUAUCUGCUUGCAGUAACAUGUUACGUUGGAAAUUAUCGUCAAAAAAUCGACACAAAUGACGUCACCUUUACUUGGUCGACUGAUAUUAUGACGUCAUUAUAAAAUCGGAAUUGGUAGAUUGCGGCGUGAAUAAUCGGUCAAUCACUAAACAAAGGUGCAAACAAGCGUUGACUAAAUACUUCUAACUAUUUAACAAUCUAUCUACGUCUAACAAUCAUCUACUGUAUCCUACCCGACAGUAUAUGGUAGACACUCACAUGAAGUACAUGCAUGCCUUACCGAUUUUUAAAAACUUACCAAGGACUUGCAGUUGCAUGCAAGAAAACUAUAUAGACUUUUUCUAGACUUUUUGGUGAAGACACCACCAAAUAAAUAAAGGAAUACCGAAUGGUUUUCCAUGCAGGAUUGCGUGAUCUAUGCUCGAGGGAUGUCGCGAGACUUUCGGAAAGCGUAACAAUACUCGAGCCGCUGGCGAGUGUAUUUUCACACUUUCCGAAAGUCGAGCAACAUCCCAAGUGCAUGGAUCACGCUAUCCUGCUUGGAAAACCAUUUGGUAAUUGUUUUAUAAAAUAACUACAGUGAAACAAUGACAUUUUGAGAAUCACGCGAAAAUCCCGCAAAGGCACGGCUAUUGACCAAUCAAAUUGCGUGUUUCACUGUAGUUAUUAUUAUAUAAUGGUUGUUGAUGAACGAACCUCAAACAGUUUCGUAAAUAAUUGUUUUAUUUAGUAACUAGUUCGCUAAUCUGUUCGCACGUUUCCGUUUCCUUCUUAUACAUUUGUUUGGCAGAAUUGUAGUACUGUGGCGUAAUUUCCAGGAAAGGACUUUGUUUAUAGAGUAUUCCCAUGCUUGAACUCUGUUCGAUGUUUCUUUUAGGUUAUCAUUUCAGCUGAAAGGUGUUUUCAUAAAUGGCAGUGAUAUAUCAAUGAAGUAGGUUAUGUCUGUAGUAUAUGGAUUAUGAUAUUUCG